AUGUCCAAAGUUAAGGCUGCACCCCCGCCGGGGUGCAAUCUGAACAUAAAUGACCCCCAAGUCCAGGAGGCAGCUAUUCGCAUCCAAGCUUCAUACAGGGGUCAUCGUUCGCGGAAGGAGUUGCGAGAAAAAGGUCCUCCAAAGUUCCUUCAGGAGCUGAAAGAUGUGGUUCUGGUAGAGGGCAGUGCUGCCAAGCUGGAGUGCAGAGUGAGUGCUUUCCCCGAUCCAUUCAUCGUUUGGUCGAAGGAUGGGAAAGAGCUCAAAGACGGACCCAAGUACUGCUACGUGUUUGAGGAUCCUGACGUUGUGGCCCUGGUGGUGCGAGAUGGGGUGCUGGCAGACUUGGGCAGAUACACCGUCACCAUCAAGAACACCUUUGGCCAGACAUCAGGCUCGGCAUGUAUUAUAGUAGAGGUUCCUGCUAAAGUGACCAAAGGCCCAGACAAUGUAAAGGCCAAAAAGGGAACAACGGUGGUGCUGAAGGCUGAGAUCAGUGGAGAACCUCCACCUGACGUAGGCUGGCUCAAAGAUGGAGAAGACAUAGAGGAAGAUGAAAGAGUGUUUUACGACGUUGGAGACACAGACACAAUCCUGACAAUAAAAAAUGCCAGGCCCACUGACGCAGGGAAAUAUGAGGUCUUUGUGGAAAAUAAUCUGGGAACAGACCAGUCCUUCGCUCGUGUGGACAUCCAGUGA